GAAUGGCCGAGUCAUUUCACCUCGCGGAGGGGGUCGGGGGGCAGCUGGGUGGGCGCCGGACACUGCCGUUCGGACCACUGCACUGUGACUGAAGCACAAACUGUACACGAAUGAAAGAUACAGCACUACAAGUUCGAGAGUCAUUGUCUUUAUCUGGUCGUGCAAAGGAAGGAGGGAGAUUGAGCGGAGCUUGCCUGGUUGAAUAUUUUCUCUUUUUUUUUGCAUGUUGUGUGUGCAUACUUUCGUGGCUCCAUUUCCGCAUGGAAGAGGAGCAGAGACUUCGCGCUCUCUUCCACGCUUGCGAUGUGAACAAUUCCGGACGCAUCGAGUAUGAUGAAUUUUUUACGGUCUGCUUGGAGCUACAAGUACGCGAGUCUGAGGUCGACGCUAUUUUCGACAAGCUCGACUCCAACAGAGACGGCUGCAUCAACUUCCGCGAGUUCGCCGAAGGCUUUCAAGAAGUUUCUGAGAUGAUUAACUUCGAGGCUUUGAGUGUUGUUGAGCCUGACUGGGACGAAUUUCAGCAGAGACUGGGCGAAGAAGCAAAGUUCAUCCCAAGACCCCAGCAAGUUGCUGCCCUUUACCAAAACCUAAAAACAGCAGAGCCCAGGCUGAUUCGCCAAUACGAGUGUGUGAUCAAGAACUUCAUUCGAGAUGUUAUGUCGCAGAAUACAGAACUGGAGAAACUAGCAUAUACUGUGAAAAGGACGCAGGAUGAAGCUGCACAACAGCUGAGUGAGCUUGAGGAGGAUAUUAAUCAAAAAAUAAAGACUGCUGUUCAGGAGUGCCAAAAGGAGGAACAAAGAAAAGCAGAGUUGACUCUCGUUAGUCUACAACAUCAGUAUGAUGCUAAUAUAAAUGAACUUCAGCUAACAGUUACAAAACUGAAAAAGUUAGAAGAACAAUUCAGAUCAGAUAAUUCAAGGGAUGAAAGCAUUGCAUUAAAAAGAAAAAUAAAUGAUUUCACCCUAGAAAAUGAUAAGCUGAGGAAAGAAUUACUUGAAGCACAAACAGAAAUAAUGUUGCUGCAGAGUGAAGUAGAUGCUCUGAAAAGUGAUUUUAUGGAUCAGAGUUUGAAUUUAGAAAGGGACCAUGAUGUGGUUAGAGAGUAUACGGAGGAUAGAGACAACCUAACACGACAAAUUGAAAUGCUUCAAUCUGCUAAUCGAAAGUUACAUGACAGUAAUGAUGGGCUGCGCUCUGCUCUUGAAAACAGCUUCAGCAAAUAUAAUAGAUCUCUGCGUUCAUCACCAGGAUCUGCUACGUUAAGGAGUAGCCCAAAACUGAAUGAGUGUCAUUCUCCUCAUAUGUUAUAUGACAGGUCAUCCAGAUCGUCUUACCAAGGUGAAGACUAUGAGUCACUUUCUGUGUGUGAUCCCAUGCACAGAAUCAGCUGCGAGGUUGAAAGCUUAUCCGAAAGCUGCUUCGACAGUGGUAUGUCCACCAUGAGGGAUUCAAAUGAGUAUGAUUCAGAGGUGGAGUGCAAGUAUCAAAGAAAUUUCGAAAGAUCGCAGCGCACACAAGAAGCUUUUGAAUGUGAUGCCUCUGACACUGAUGUGCCUGAGAUCCACGAUGAAGAAGCUUUCAGUCAGGAUAGUAUGAACACCGUUUUGGAGUGGCAGUCAGCUCAAGCAGUGAACUGGAGCAACUCUGGAGCUAAUUCAUUGCAACGUUGUAGUUCUGCCUUUUCUCCACAGGUGCUUGAAAUCCGGAAUGAGGAAGUUUCCAGUCAGGAUGGUACAAACACAGAUGUGGAAAUGGAUGACUCCUAUGCAGUGAACUGCAGGAAUUCUGGAGCAUCUUCUGUACGGCGCUGUAUCUCUGCAUUUUCAUCGCAACCUAAUAACACAGCAGGGAAUUUUAAGACUCCCUCAUCUAGCAAAGCCUUCAAGAUUGUACUUGCUGGAGAUGCAGCUGUAGGCAAAUCGAGCUUCCUUCUACGACUCUGCAAAAAUGAGUUCCGUGGGAACACCAGUGCCACCUUGGGAGUUGACUUCCAGAUGAAAACUCUGGUUGUGGAUGGAGAGCAAACAGUACUGCAGUUGUGGGACACUGCAGGCCAAGAAAGAUUUCGAAGUAUUGCCAAGUCUUAUUUUAGACGUGCAGAUGGUGUUUUAUUGCUGUAUGAUGUAACCUGUGAGAAAAGUUUCCUCAAUGUACGUGAAUGGGUAGACAUGAUUGAGGGUUCAGCCGGUGAAACCAUACCCAUUAUGUUGGUGGGGAACAAGGUAGACUUGAGGAAAAAAGCAACGCAAGAGGGGCAAAAAUGCAUCCCCACCAGUUACGGGGAGAAACUGGCUAUGACCUACAACGUGCUAUUCUGUGAAACCAGUGCCAGGGAAGGUGCGAAUAUUAUCGAAGCAGUCCUUCACCUUGCUAGGGAAGUGAGGAAGAAAGGUGACAGAAUGAAAGUGGAUUCUGUAACUAAUUUGUCCAGCACGCAGUUGAGCAAGAAACCAUCUAUAAGAAACUGCUGCACUACUUAAAAACUAUGAAGUCAAUAACUGAGGUGCACAAUACUUGGCAUGUUUGUAUUUAUUUUAUAAUCGAGAUACAUUAUUUAGCACUUUUUGGAAGUUUGAAAUAUGAAUGUCAUAAAAAUGAAGUUGAAAUAUGAAGAUUUGAACAAGUGAAGAUGCCAGCUGAAAACAAGAUUAAAUGCAAAUUGGAAAUAAAAUGCUGUUAACUAUGUUUAUUCAGCAAGUAAUGGGACUAAUCUGCCUCCGUGGCCAAUGUAUGAGCUAAUAAUAUGGCUUUUUCUAAACUAAUGAUCUCCGUGAUUGUUUUUAUAUACUGGUCUUACUUUCAUUUCAUGUUUAAAGAUAUUUUGAAUAAUAUGGCUGCUUUUUAAGGCUAUUUUGGCUCCUGUUACCUCCCUAGAUCUAUUUAUUCUGUUGGAAAAUUAAUGCAUACUCAAGCUUUACAGACCAUUUUACAGCACUUAUUGUAAAUAAAAGUUAUUUUUGUGACAUAGAAUGUUAUAAGUAUUAAAUGAUGCAUUACAUUAAAGUAGUGGUCGUGAAUAUUUAAUAUUUUAGUAUUUGUUUAAAAAGGGACUGAUCAGUUUUCUCUGCAGCAACUUGAUGACUUCCUUUUCCUGGUGUUUUGAGGUUGAUAUGCCAUGUGUACUUUCUCUCACCCUCCUGGUGACUAUCCUUGGAUGAUGUGAUGUUGAAAAGAUGACAACUAUCUACUUUUGGGAGUGGUACUGUUACAAUGAAAAUACAUGAUGGCUCCUGACCCUUACAUUCUCCCAUAAACCCUCACAUUUCUCUCUCACCCUCAUCCACAACACUUCACUCUCUGCAUCGUCUCAUUGUAUCUUUUCAACUCCCGUCCUCCAUUUUAAAUUCUCUGCUUAGCUGUAGAAUUCCCUCGCUCUUUUCAAUGUUGUGAUGUACUCAUUGCUCUGAUUAACCACAGUGUGAAAGAUGCAAAUGUAAUAAAUGUCCUCUAAAUUCCACCUCCACCAGGAAUAUACAUUUAUAUUGUCCCUUUAAUGUAAAAAUACAUUGGGAGGCCAAACUCAGUGAAAGAAUGGGUGAAAAGACAAAGAGGGAAACGCUAAAGGGUAACUAAAAUCUUAGUCACAGAGUUUAAGGGAAAUCAUGUGAGAGAAGGGAAGUAGGAAAGAUUUUUUUUAUUUGAAGGCAUUAAUUGGAGCAAGGGAGUUCAGAAUCUAAACAGGAGGAAGGGCACUCUAAAUCCGAGACACUAAGGGAUGGGGACCUAUUGGGAAUUACGUGCAGGGUAUUGGCAGUGUGCUCGAGUAGACUGUGUGAAAGGCAGAGGACCGAUGAAGCAGCCAGGUGUCUGUGUUUAAAGAUUUGAUUGAGGGAUUAAGUUGCAAAAUGUUUGAGGCACAAAUGGUCUUUCUCUGCUCAAAAACGUUCUGGUAAUGAAAAUAGACAUUUAUUUGUGAUGGUGAGGAUAGCAUAUUGUGUUUCAGACUGGGAAGGUAAAAGAUCAGCUUUUUAUUGCUUGAAAUCAAGGAAGUUGUUGCUGCUCUUUUGAAUAGCUGAGCAAGGAGAGGCAAUAUCCUUGACUUGGAUAGCAUGGGAGUUUGGGAUGAUUGAUGGUUGGGUGGGUAUAUUAAUACAGACACUGGACGUAUCUAUCUGAAAAAUGACAAGAUCUCCUCAUAAUCAAAAUGAUCAACUCUUAAAAGCUGCGUAACUAACUUGGACAAACAACAGGAAUUCUGCAGAUGCUGGAAAUCCAGCAUCUGGUGAACGCAGCAGGCCAGGCAGCAUCUCUAGGAAGAGGUGCAGUCGACAUUUUGGGCCGAGACCCUU